AUGAAUAGAAAAGGCCGGAGUAAAAAGGGAAAGGUUAGAGUAUAUUCGGAUGGCAUAUUUGAUCUAUUCCACAUUGGGCAUAUGAGAAUGCUUGAGCAGAUACGAAAACAAUUUCCAUCUGCUCACAUAGUAGUGGGCGUGUGCUCAGAUGCAGACACACACAAGCACAAAGGAAUGACAGUAAUGACAAUGGAAGAAAGGGUAGAGUCAAUACGGCACUGUAGGUGGGUAGAUGAGAUAAUUAAAGAUGCACCGUGGGUGAUAACAAGGGAGUUUUUAGAAGAAAACAAGAUAGACUUUGUUGCGCACGAUGGAGAUGCAUACGCAACAGAUGGCCAUGAGGAUGUGUAUAAAGAAGUAAAGGAGAUGGGCAUUUUUGUAGAAACAAAAAGAACAGAAGGAAUAAGCACAAGCCAGCUCAUUACAAGAAUUCUUAGAGAGUACGAAAUAUUUCUUAAAAGAAAUAUAGUUCGAGGUGUUACUUCCAAAGAACUUAAUAUUUCAAAAUUCACUGAGAAAAGGAUUCAAUUUAGUGCGACUCUUGAGGACCAGCUGGUCAAGCUUCGGGACAAGAUAAAGGACAUAAGUGAAAUAUGGGACUCGGCUGCAGUUGAAAUUAAGAAGCGGUUUGUAGAAUUGUUUAGAUAAACAGAAACUACAUGAUGCG